AUGAACAAAAUUGUCACUUCAUGGGUCGAACCUACCGCCAACCUUAUGACUGUAAAUGAAAGAACAACUAAAUGGCUGGCUCGACGUCAGGAAUCAUCAGUACCAGAAAUCGAUUGUAUCGCUGAAACAAAAGGUAGAUUUGGAGCUGGGAUUUUGUAUGGUCGUAAAAAUCUGGUUCGUGCCUAUUACGAAAUGGGAGAUUCAGCUUUCGAUUGUAUGUCUUAA